GCCUGGACAUGUGAGCGAAUACAAUUCUCUACAAAUUUCACUUUUGGUAGCGUGCGCUGCGGCUGUGUGAGGGUCAGUCAUGCCGCUGGUGAAGAGAAACAUCGAGCCCAGGCACCUGUGCCGCGGGGUGUUACCGGAGGGCAUCGGCAGCGAGCUGGAGUGUGUGAUGAACAACACACUCUCUGCCAUCAUACGCCAGCUCAGCAGCCUCAGUAAACAUGCUGAAGACAUAUUCGGCGAGCUCUUCAACGAGGCAAACAUGUUCUAUUUGCGGGCGAACUCUCUGCAGGACCGCAUUGACCGUCUCGCCGUCAAGGUCACCCAGCUGGACUCCACCGUCGAGGAGGUCUCUCUGCAGGACAUAAACAUGAGGAAGGCGUUUAAGAGCUCUACUAUACAGGACCAGCAGGUGGUGUCCAAGAGCAGUGUUCCCAUUCCUGUGACCGAGAUGUACAAUCUGAGUGAUAAACCACCACCGCUCAAUAUUCUCACACCCUACAGAGAUGAUGAUAAAGAAGGGCUGAAGUUUUACACCGACCCAUCCUACUUCUUUGACUUAUGGAAGGAGAAGAUGCUGCAGGACACCGAAGACAAGAGGAAAGAGAAGAGACGGCAGAAGGAGCAGAGGCGAUGUGUAGAUGGCACACUGCAGAGAGAGGUGAAGAAGGUGCGAAAGGCACGUAACCGCAGGCAGGAGUGGAACAUGAUGGCCUUCGAUAAGGAACUGAGACCUGACCUUCGACAUUCACACACUGUACACAGAGGAGGAUCCACAGAGGGCACCAUGUCCCCAGAGCACAGGUCUCACGGAGAUCAUGCAGAUCACGGUUAUCUGUCCAUGGCCAAUCACGUCGGUCAUGCCCACACCUACUCUGGGCCUCCUCCCAGUAUGGCGGCUCUGUCAGCUCAUACUCAGAUGAGCCUGGAUCAGGAUUACCGCAGCGGGUCAAUGGCGUAUCGUUCUGGGACUCUCGGUCGCCCACAUCAGGCUCCACCUCCUCCACCAGCAUCACACACCAUCAACGGCUCCAUGACCCUCCCACCUGUCGACUACAGUGUGGAUUACUUGAAUUCCGGUCAGCUGCCUCCACCACCAGCUGUUAUGCCAUCAGCACAGACUCCUUUUGCUAUGCCGCCCAUGGGAUCUGGCCCUCCUCCAGGACAUGUAGGACCAAUGGGAGCAAUGGCUGGCUAUGCCCCACCCAUUCCACCUACCUCCGGACCAAUGGCUGCUCCUCCUCCACCAGUAGCCCCACCCCCUCCACCCAGUGCCAUCCAAUCCAUCACUCCCAAACGGCCCUCUGUGCCUAAUGAGGCCCAGCCCAUAAGUGAUGCCCGCAGCGACCUGCUCGCAGCUAUAAGAAUGGGUAUCCAGCUGAAAAAAGUUCAAGAGCAACAGGAACAGCAGGCAAAACGAGAGCCGGUGGGCAAUGAUGUCGCCACUAUCUUGUCCCGGCGCAUCGCAGUGGAAUACAGUGACUCUGAGGAUGAAUCUGAGCUAGAGGACAAUGACUGGUCUGACUAACACUAUACUAAUACACCACAUGCUUCACAGACACUCACUCAGUAACUUACAUGCCAACGUUAACAUUGCAUUUCCCAUACACACCAUCAUUUUGUACUGUAUGCAUUUUAAUAAAGGCAUGAUAGGCCGACUGUAUUACGGAAUACUAAAAUAGUCAGUCUUUUCCCACGUAUGAUGCUUUUUCCAUUUUUUCUAAAGAUUUUUAACGUAACACUUGUUAAUAUGGACAUAUUUUAUUUAGCGGAUAGCAAAUGGAACGGAUUAAAAAGCAUGUUGAGGUUGAAGUUUCUGCAUGAAAGUUUUGAUGUUAAGAGCCAUUGAUGCCAGUACUUACAUUUGUGUGAACUGACCAGAGGGGUUUGAUUAAACGACCUAAAAUGUGCUGGCACAGUGAUGUCUGGUGUUUAUGUCAUGCGUGUGUGGGGUGGUUGGCGCUGACAGUCAAAUCUGCCGAAUCCUGUUAAAUGCCUCUCGGCUCCAGCCUCUGAGUGCCUCCGUCAUGGAAACAGGACAGUUUUGAUUCGGAGAUUCACGUCUCUAUGGAAACAGUACAGCUGAGACUGGCAUCGCCAUGGCAACAGUGGAUUUGAGGCACCCGGCCAAUUGAUGCGCGAGUGUGAAUAAACCCAGGCGAGGAUAUUUUUAAUGCACAGCACAUUCUUUUUAAUACAAAAUUAACAAGAUCUCUCAGUUCAUUAAACUAACAAAGCAAUAAAAGUAUACAACCAACAACUUGGAAAAAUAUACAACACGUUAACACAAUGUCUUACAAUGUUAAUUAGUGCAUCUUGAUUAUAAUUCUUAUAAUAUUGUUUUGCAGAUAAGUAAAUUGUUGUGCCUUUUCUUGUCAAAAAAAUAAAGUGCAUUUCACAGUUAAAA